CCACCAAACCUCUGCACAUCCUCUCUACUCUCUCUCACCCUCUAGCAAAAAAGAUGUCAGGCAACUGUUACCCAAGAGAAAUCCACCACACCACUCCCUCGUUGCACCAUCGCCAAAACGACGCCGUCGUUGAUAGAGAGUAUUUGUUCGAGAAAUCACUAACACCAAGCGAUGUUGGAAAGCUAAACCGUUUAGUCAUACCGAAGCAACACGCUGAGAAACACUUCCCUCUAAAUAAUGCCAGCGAUGACGUGGCGGCGGCAGAGACGACGGAGAAAGGGAUGCUUCUUAGCUUCGAGGACGAGUCGGGAAAGUGUUGGAAAUUCAGAUACUCGUAUUGGAACAGUAGCCAAAGCUACGUGUUGACCAAAGGAUGGAGCAGGUACGUCAAAGACAAGCACCUCCACGCAGGGGACGUUGUUUUCUUUCAGCGGCACCGUUUUGAUCUACAUAGAGUCUUCAUUGGUUGGCGAAAACGCGGCGAGGUUUCGUCCCCUUCCACCGUCUCCGUCGUGUCUCAAGAUGCUCGAGUUAACACGACGACAUACUGGAGCAACGGCUUGACUACACCUUACCGUCAAGUACACGCGUCAACGAGCUCUUACCCUAACAUUCACCAAGAGUAUUCACACUAUGGCGCCGUCGCUGAGACACCGACGGUAGUUGCAGGGAGCUCGAGGACGGUGAGGCUAUUUGGAGUUAACCUCGAAUGUCACGGUGACGUUGCCGAGCCACCACCGUGCCCCGACGGCUACAGUGGCCAACAGUUUUACUAUUACUCAACUCCUCAUCCCAUGGUAACUUUUUAUUUAUUCUGUCAUAUUCAAUUUGCUUACGUCAAGUAUGUUUAUGCUACUAUGCCAAUAAUUAAGUAGUUAUAAAACAGAUGUCGUGGCUGUUUCUCGAGAUGAGACAUACGAGAUUAGUAGUUUUUAAAAAUAGAUCUGAAAGAGCUUUUGUUUAAUAACUAAUAUAAUAAAGAAGGAAUCAGGAAGACUAAUACUGCACUUGAAUGUAAACGCACAUGGCCAAUUUGUUGAUGAUAAAUUGAUAGCCUAACAUAAUCUGUUUUCUUCUUUUUCUGUAGCCUAGCAUGAUUUUAAUGAAGAAGAUUAAGUGAUAAAUAAUAACAAAUUAACAAUAGUUGCGUGUUGGUUUUGUGAAAUAGAAUGUAUCAUUUGCUGGGGAAGCAAUGGAACAGGUAGGAGAUGGACGAGGCUGAUGAUAUUUGAAAAGAAGCGAUAAUCUUUUAGACUUUGACUUUAGAUUAUCAGUCCAUACUUGGCUCAAUUGUCACAGAGAAAACACCAAAAAGGAGGAAAAUUAAUAUCAGUAUAACUUCAUUAUUGUGUAUUUAGUUAUUUGCUAUUUAACCAAUUUGAAAACAAAAUAAAAAAGAGUAUAAUUAUUUUUCCAA